UCUCGUUAUAUUUUUGUGACCAACACAGAUGGCUGCGCAGAUGGAGCCAAUGGGUCAUAACGACCUUGAAAUGGCGACUGUCAUUGCAAACCCUAUGGUAGAGCCACAGCCUGACCCAGCAGCAGACGGGAGUGGUUGCACCGUGAGCUUCCACGACAUCUGCUACACCGUGCAGCUAAAGAGAGCCUUCUCAUGGCGAGGAUGCCACCGUCCGGAAGAGAAGAAGAUACUCCUGGGUCUCAGUGGGAUCAUGAAACCUGGCCUGAAUGCUAUUCUUGGACCUUCUGGAUGUGGAAAAUCUUCAUUCUUGGAUAUUCUGGCUGCAAGGAAAGAUCCCUCAGGCCUCUCGGGGGAAGUUCUUAUUGAUGGAGCUCCCCAGCCUCCAAAUUUCAAGUGCCUCUCUGGCUAUGUGGUCCAGGACGACGUGGUCAUGGGCUCCCUGACUGUGAGGCAGAAUCUGCGUUUUUCUGCAGCCCUGCGACUGCCGGAAUCAGUGCCACAGAGGGAGAAGGAGGCUCGAGUCAACCACCUCAUUACAGAACUGGGUCUUACAAAAGUGGCUGACUCUAAGGUGGGCACACAGCUGGUCCGAGGAAUCUCGGGAGGAGAGAGAAAGAGAACCAGCAUUGGUAUGGAACUGAUUAUGGAUCCUGCAGUUCUCUUUCUGGAUGAACCGACCACAGGGCUGGAUGCUAGUACUGCCUGUACUGUCCUUCUGCUGCUGAAACGAAUGGCUGAACAAGGAAAAAACAUAAUUUUGUCCAUCCACCAACCUCGCUACUCCAUCUACAGGCUGUUUGAUACUCUGACUCUGUUGGUUAGUGGUAAACUGGUGUAUCACGGAAGAGCACAAUCCGCUUUGGCCGUCUUCAACAAAAUUGGGUAUCACUGUGAGCAAAACGAUAACCCAGCUGACUUCUUUCUGGAUGUUAUUAAUGGAAACCACACUGCUGCACCUGUUCCACCACUAGGGGCAUGCCCUGAAGUUUUGGACUGUAACACAAUCGGCAGAGCAAGGCAGGGCGUCAAGGAGCGCCUGCUGAAUGAAUACAGGCAGACCACCGACUUCCAGAACACAAAAACUGAGCUGGAGUGCAUCAUCGAGAAAAAGGCGAUUGUACCACGUCCAAAGUCCCGCACUGUCACUUAUAACAGCUCCUUCUUUCACCAGUUACAGUGGGUUCUUAGGAGAACCUUUCUGAACCUCCUGAUGCAACCGCAAAUAUCCCUGACCCCGCUUGGAGUCAGCACUUUCCUGAGUCUUCUCGUUGGAGCCGCUUUCUUUGGGGUGAAAGAUGAUCAGCCUGGACUCCAGAACAGGAUGGGAGCCCUCUUCUUCGUCACCGUCAACCAGUGUUUCGGCACAGUGUCUUCAGCAGAGCUCUUCAUCAGGGAGAGGACACUGUUCAACCACGAGUACAUCAGCGGCUACUACAGAGUAUCGGUCUACUUCAUUGCAAAGAUGCUGUCUGACCUCGUUUGGCGGUCUGUCAUCAUUUCCGUUUUCAGCUGUAUCGUCUAUUUUAUGAUCGGGUUCAAGUCCACACCAGAGAACUUCUUCAUCUUCCUGCUGACUAUGCUGCUGGUGUCCUAUGCGGCCACAUCCUUGACCGUGGCCGUCUCAGCCGACCAGACCGUCAUUUCUGUCGCCAACGUCAUCAUGUCCAUGUGCUUCGUCGUCAUGAUGCUUUUUUCAGGUCUCUUGGUUAACCUGCCCUCUGUCAUGGCCUGGCUCUCAUGGGUGAAGUACUUGAGCAUUCCUCGUUACGGUUUUACAGCCUUGAACAUCAAUGAGCUCGUCGGUCUGAACUUCUGUGGGGACACAGCGACCCAAAACGGCACCGGGUCGUCUGUCAUGGCCAACUGCACCGGGAGCGUCGGUGGUCUCCUAUGUUCAGGAGAGCAGCAUCUGGAGUACCAGGGAAUUGACUACAGUUACUGGGGACUGUGGCAGAAUCACCUAGCUCUGGCCCUGAUGAUGAUCCUAUUCCAGACCAUCGCUUACCUGAAGCUGCGUUUCAUCAAGAAGUUCUCUUAACGUCAUCGUGUUGGUCUGUGAGACACGAGGUCAGCAGAUGUUCUUAAAAGCAGCUCGCCAUUAUCAAAUAAGUGUGACAUUUUGGAGAAGAACACUUGUCUUUUUGCAUAGAAUUCAAUGGUCAGGAGGUUAACUUAGCAUAAAGACAGGAAACUAAGUUAAUUUGUUUUCGUCUAGAUUUACAAAAAAAAUCUAUGUACUAUCAGUAAAGCUGACAAGGUUUUCAUGUUGUUCUAUUCACAAUCCUAUAAAUUACUUACAAUGGUGUGGGUAUAGAGGAAACAUGCAGCUUAAUACUCUGUUUACUGGUGUUUUUUCUUUUUCUUUUUUUUUUGGUGCACAGCAGAUGGGCAGAAAAUAUAGACCAUGAAUGUAUCAUUAGGAUCUAAUAAAACCGCUUUAAAAUGCAUCUAGCUACCAUAAACACUGAGUGUGGGGAAAAUGAUUAGAGCAGCUUUUAUGUGCGUUUUUUUUUAACUUGCUGAUCUUAUGUCAGAAUCGGCAAGUAAAGCUAUCUCCAAAAUGUCCAACUUAUCAAAUGUACCUUUGGUUUACAGUCGCAUCGUGGAUUUUCAGUGUAGAGACGAUCCUUUUAAUGUAAAUAGUUUUAUUGAAUGAAAGCCUUGUCUCAGUUUUAACUUUUCAGGAACUAAACUGUUUUCCUUGAUGAAGCCCAAGAGGGGAGUGGGUUUCAUACAUUAGAAGUAUGGAAACAGGGUUUUGAGUAUUUACUUCCACUUUAUUCUGUUUUUUGUUUUUUACAUGUAUUGUACUGAAGCAAGGCUUUCUUGGUUUUUACCUCAACACUGAUGUCUAAUUGCAGAAAUUCUAUAAAGCAGAUAGUAUCAAUUUAAUGUUUUAGCAGUUAAGUUCCAUAAAAUGUUUGUUCUGAUGCAGCUUUUUAAAAUGUAUGAAUAUUUUCAUUUUUUUAUGAAGUCAUGUAAUUUACAGUGUUACCUUUUAUGUCCACAAAACUAAAUAAAUGCAACAGAAUUAAUUGAA